AAUUAAUUUAUUAAUUGAGAAACAAACAGUAAUUAUUUACAAGAGGCAACCAAACCGAAGAACAAUGAUGUUAAUUUAUAUUCUUACAAUACUUUUAAUUACAAAGAUUGGGAUAUGCGUUGAAAAUAACGUUUGCACAACAGUGGAAGGAUAUUCAAUGAAAGAAAACAAUAAUUUGUGCAAAUAUAAUCCAGAUGUGUUUUCAAAUACGUGGGAUAUGGUGCAACGACACGGUUAUCCUAUUGAGAAGCACAAUACUGUUACAAAAGAUGGGUAUAUACUAACAAUAUACAGAAUACCACAUGGUAAAGAACGCAGUUUCGGUGGACAACCUGUGUACUUGCUGCAUGGGACUUUGUCGAGUUCAGAAAUGUGGGUGAAUAUAGGAAACAAGUCUUUAGCUUUUAAAUUGGCUGAUCGUGGAUACGAUGUAUGGAUUGGAGAUGCUAGAGGAAAUUUCAAUUCUUUGGGACAUAUUAAACAUGAUAUUGACAGUAAUGAAUAUUGGAACUACACAUUGGAUGAUCUAGCUUAUUACGAUAUGCCAGCAGUAUUGAAUUAUAUAAGCAAUGAAACCGGGAAAGGCGGUGAGAUCAUUCAUUUGGGUCAUUCUCAAGGAUCGUUGGUGGCUCUGAUGUACGCAUCUCGUCUUCCAUCUCAUGCUAAAUCUCAUUUGAAAGGUCUCGUACUUAUUGGACCUGUAACAUAUAUUAGACCAGUUUCCAACUUAAUCACCAAAAUGUAUUCAGUAUUAACAUCAUUGAUUCCUUACGUUGGUGAUCGAAGCAACGCUAUAACACGAUUUUGCACUAUGAAUUCCUACUUCUUCAAUAUAUGUAUUAAAAUAUUGGAUUUAAGCUGUGGAUCAACGAAAGAUACUUACGUCUUGGAGGAUAUGCCAAUUUUCUUCAGCUAUUGUCUCUAUCAGGAAUCAACGAAACCUAUUAACCAUAUCGCACAGCUAGGAAAUUCGCAGAGGUGUCAGAUGUACGAUUAUGGACCAAAAGGAAAUCUUGAGGUGUAUCAAUCUGAUUAUCCUCCUGAGUAUAACAUUUCACGCAUAAAUAUACCCACUUAUCUUUUCGUAGGCGAAAAUGAUACAAUUGCUUCUCCAAAGCAUGGAGAGUUCAUUUACAGAAACCUGACUAUCCAAGAAAAAGGUUUAUUCGUUUUGAAGGGCUUCAAUCACGUGAGCUUAUUUUACUCGAAAUAUUUGGAAACUGAGUUUCACCGAAAGUUGAAAUAA